CUUUUCAGCACGACUUCUGAUGAACUCUGCAGAAGCUGCUCUUCAUUUUAACAGGACGUCUCGCUGUGACGAAGCCUCUGCUUUUAAUAAGGAAAGCCCUCUUUUUUCCCUUUGCUUUCUUUCAACUGACCGGUGCCUGCUGAGAGGCUCUGCGAACAGACAAUAAGUGGGAGCGAUCACAUCACAACAAAAGAAAUAAGAUGACAGAGGGCCGUCUGUGCCAGGUUCACCUCCUCGAUGACCGGAAGCUGGAGCUGCUGGUUCAGCCCAAGCUUUUGUCCCGUGAACUGCUAGAUUUGGUAGCAUCACAUUUUAUCCUGAAGGAGAAAGAAUACUUUGGAUUGUGCUUCAUAGAUGACACUGGCCAGAAUAACUGGCUCCAGCUAGAUCGUAAAGUCCUCGAUCAUGACUUUGCCAAGACUUCAGGGCCUUUGGAACUCAAGUUCCUUGUGAGGUUUUACAUUGAGAAGAUCACCCACUUGAAAGAGAACACAACGGUGGAGCUGUUCUUCCUAAAUGCUAAAUCUUUAGUGUUUAAUGAGACCAUUGAAGUGGAGAGUGAAAAUGUGUUCAAGUUAGCCGCGUUCGCAUUGCAGGAGGCCAAAGGAGAUUAUAGCAGUGCUGAGACUUCUACAUCAGACUUGAAACAGCUACCAGUCCUGCCCACCAGAGUAUUAAGGGAGCACCCAUCUCUCAAUUACUGUGAGGAAAAAGUGAUUGAACGGUACAAGAAGCUGAAAGGACUGACCAGAGGACAAGCCAUUGUUCAGUAUCUGGCCCUGGUGGAGUCCCUGCCAACAUAUGGAGUCCAUUAUUACCCAGUGAAGGACAAGCAAGGGAUACCAUGGUGGCUGGGAGUCAGCUAUAAAGGCAUCGGCCAGUACGAUUGGCACGAUAAGCUGAAACCUAGACAGUUGUUUCAGUGGAAGCAGCUGGAGAAUUUGUAUUUCCGUGAGAAGAAAUUUUCAGUGGAAGUGAACGACCCACACAGAAGAACAGUGACCAAGCGAACCUUCGGACAGUCUGGCCUGGUUAUUCACACGUGGUAUGCCAGCCACUCACUGAUUAAAACCAUCUGGGGGAUGGCCAUCAGUCAGCACCAGUUCUACCUGGACAUGAAGCAAAGCAAAUCAAAGAUGACCACUACUAGGAGUUCAAGCGACAUCGCAGUGGACCUCACAGAGAUCUCCGUUCCGCGGAUCAGUAAACUUUCCAGUAUGGAAAGCAAAAAUCAGCUCAUAACAGCCAGCAAUGGGAGCCUCAUCUCAACCGGUUCUGCUGACUCUGAAGUCAGCGAGGAACAGAAGAAAGAGAAAAUUGCUGAGUUAAAAAAGAAGGAAAAGGAACUUAAAGAUAAACUGACAGCGAAACUUGAAGAACUGAAAAAGAUCUGCAUGAGGGAAGCUGAGCUUACAGGCAAACUGCCUAAAGAAUAUCCUUUAGUCACGGGUGAGACGGUUCCUCAAGUGCGACGGCGUGUUGGGACAGCCUUCAAGCUGGAUGACCUUUUCCCCUACGAUGAGGAUCCACAUCUGAGGAAUCUGGAGAGCAAGUUUGCCUUGCAGCAAAAGAUUGUGGAAGCAGCCAUGAAGCUAUCCAAUGAGGCCGACCUCUGCAAGACGGUGAAGAGGAAGAGGAAAAACAACUAUCUUGAUGCUAUGAGAAAGCUGGAGGAGAUUGAAAGGGAGAUUAACAACUAUAGGAUCAAAAAAGGACAGAAACCCACUCAGAGAGCAUCACUGAUCUUACGAGAUGAUGCCCAGCCUUCAGAGCUCAGCUCUCUAUCUGACAGCCUCACUCUGGAUGAUGAUGAUGAGCUCGGCUCCCAGAGGCAGCGGUCUCGAUCAGUCCAAUACUCACCCAGACCGCACCACCCAGAAGCUCUGGACAGUUAUUGUAACAAAGAGAGACGAGCCUCUGCCAAUGAUCAGCUUGCAGACAGCAGAUUGCCUUAUGACCAAAACCAGGAAGCACUCCAUUACAGUCACCAUGAUGCCUUAUCAAUCUACAGCAGCCCAUGUAGACCAGCUUCCAGGCAGCCACAUGAUGCCCGCAGCAUGCCACCAACUCCUCUCCUCACCCGCAACGCCUACAGCAGUACACAGCUCAGAUCAGAGGAUUCUCCACAACACUUUCGUCAGCGUAGCGGGAGUCUGGAGUCCCAGUCUCAGUUUAUUACAGAUAUCAAACCAGCUGUGCCAGCGUUCACCGUCUCCCCAGCUCGACGCAGCAACAGCACUGAGGUGCUUGAUGACGGCUCCUCCUACACAAGCCAGUCGAGUGUAGAAUACAGCGUCCCCGGUAACCACACCCACAGACGCAGAGCGCGUGGACGCCACAGAAAAGACAUGUACGCCAACACGGGCAGCAUGCCCAACCUGGCUCAGCCAGACACUCGGUGCUAUGCCUACCAGCCUCAGGCUCGACCCACCACAACAGCCUACUACGUCACAGGUUAUCCCAGCUACGCAGAACCAGAGCCUUACUCCAAUGGAGUCUAUGUUUACCACAAUGAGACGGAGGGACACUAUAAUGUCAACCCUUCUUACCACCACACCCAAACAGCUUAUCACAGCCCCGACAUGCACAGUCACUACGGUAAUGACGAAAUAGACGGCAUAUCGCCAAACCUGUACGCCACGCUGCGGCCACCCAGGCACCGUCCAGUGCCUCGCAGCAACGAACAGAUCAGCAAGAACAUCCAGAAGGCCCUGGUGGCUGAACAUUUGAGAGGCUGGUACAAACGCAACACUGCACAAAAACAGGCUGCGUAUGAAUACGACAGAGGCUCUCAGCAGAGCCUGGGCUAUCAGACCAUGCCUGCACCGCAACAGCGAAACAUUUCCUACUCAUCAGUGUCCUCCGUGACCUCCAGUGGAAACUGGCACAGUCACAUGACCGGUGGUGCUAUGCUGGAAUAUGACAUGCCCAUGCAUGCGCCGCAGUCCUACUCUUACAGCACAGCCCCCUACGCCCACAGCAGAUAUGGCGACUCCUGGCACAGCCCUGAUGGCCAGAGGCGUUGUGCCUUUAUCCCUGCUAGUUCUUCCUCUGGUUAUCCUUCCACCUCCUCCCUGCCCUCUUCUUCUUUUCCCUCCUCCUCCUACUACUACUCUCCUGGCUGUCGGGUCAGGCAGGUGGCCUCCAGCCCUGCGCAGCCGCAAUCCUCCAGAGGGCACAGGCUCAGUAACGUGUCUUUUUCUAAAGAUCCUAUAUAGAUGUCAGCCAAAUGGACUCGCACAUCAACAACCAGAUGCACACUAACAUGGACCCAGAAGACCAGCUUUACUGGCAUGAAGACUCAAAACCGGGAACAAUAGUUUAGCCAUAUCCAUUCGAACUGUGCAAAAUUUUCACCUUGACAAGGUGUCACUGUGCCUUAAACUGCACUUACCUGUUUUUUAUUUUUCCUUGUAAAAGGACCCAAAGAAUGAAGGAAUUUAACUUCUGUGGAAUUCAGCACGCUAAAUGAAGUACUCUCAUUUUCGUAUCUCUUGAACACUGUCGCCAAACUGAUGCCCAUCCCUAUAUUUAAAUCACAGCAAAACCCCACAGGAGUGUCUUAUUAUGGGGUUGCGAGUGUUUGUAGUGAUGGGACUUGUGCACUGAAACUAUACCAAGCCCUGCUGUGGACUGAAUGGUAUAGCCAAAGGGAAUGUGGACUUGUGCAGUGUUUCCCUUUCGAGAUACCAACCUCACAAACCAAGAACUAAAACUCUGUAAGAGGAUACUGAGCAGCAAUGAACAAAGAAAAUUACUGAUCCUGUUGUGCUACUUACACACACACACACACACACACGAACACUGUAACCAUGAAGGAUUAGACACGGCUUGAUGAGGUCAUUACCAAAAUGAAGCACUGAACUCAUUAAAAAGGAGUCAGAAAAAGGCUACUUCCUGGAACAUUCUACAGUCACCUGAUCCUGUUUUUUUUACAGCAUCUCGUACCAUUCUGGUUCCUACACUCGUUAUUUACAAAGUAUUUUCAGUCUGUUUCACUGUCAGUACUCAGAACAUAAUUGAGCCAAAUGCUUACUUGUUGCACCAUUUAAGUAUUACAUGAAGUCACCAGUUUUGAUAUUACUGCCUCUGCAGGAAGAUAGAACAUCCAGUUUUGUCUUGUUUUUAACAGUUAUUUCAUCCAUGCUGGAAAUCAUGGACUGGUGCUCCCACUUUCUCUCUAGAGAUUAAAACUGUGUAAAUGUCGGUAUGUAAAUACACUGGUUCGGUCCUUUUUUUUUUUUUUUUUCAUUUUAGAGCAUUUUUAUGUAUUUGAAAAGCAUGUA